GUGCCCAAUCGCCGUUGCGUCAUUGGUGUGCAUGCUGCUAAAUCUCCCUUUUUGGCCCCUGUGGAGUCUGCACGGCCAAGGCCUGACUCACGCCGCCAGACACAAACACGGCACAUUUUUGCCCACGAAGACGCUGCCACGCUUUCUUAUUUCCGCUUAGCGUGUGCACGGCUCCCAGCAGAUCCUCGCAAGUGCGUCAUCUCGUCGGAUUUGAAAUCAAACGCGAAAAAGAGGGCCGCCAAAGAGAAAAAAUAAAAAAUAACUGACCAAACCACUGUGGGAACGCUCGAUCAUGGACCAAUCGCACGCCGCUCAGAAGCCAUUCAGAUCGUGCACGGUGGACUUUGUGCCUGUAAUUUAGCCCACUUUGGUCCUUUUUCCUAAUCCUUCUUGGAUUCUUCCUUUGUUGGAUUCUUAAAUCCGGCUCUUUCUUUUUAUUCACUCUUGUUCCCGGCGCCUUGCCGUCUUUCUUUUCACAUUCACUCGUUCAAUUGCUUUUAUAUCGAAUACGCCUAAGGGUCGUCUGUCGCGUACCUCGAAACAUAACAGACACAGCACACGCUAGCUAGCUACCAACUAACCAACCAUUACGGAACAAAGCCCUCAGACCUUCACAAUGUCCGGCUCUGAGCCGCCAAAGGAUUCUCGCUUCGCCGAGGAAGUCGAGAAUCACCCCAAGACACAGCUACCACCAGACUCUUCAGCCGGCAAUUCAGUUGACGGCUACUGGGGCGACGACGACGCGGGUGCCCAUCCCGUCCGGCGCCAAUCGGCAGCUGCUGAAUUCCAAGAGCUUCAAAAAGAGCUGUCUAGACGAAGCGCUUCGGAAGCUGCCAACCAAGCACCUAAGAAAUCAGGUUGGUUUGGCAACAACAAGAAAAGCAGCGACGCUGAAGCUGCCGUUCCCGAUGACGAUGUCGACAGCGCUGCCACAGCCCAAGGUGGCCCUCAGGAAGAGUUCCAGCUCGAUGAGUUUAUGCGCCAAGGUCACUUGGGAAAGCGACACGCGCAUACUGGUGAAGCCACCAAAAAGGUCGGUGUUGUUUUCAAGAACCUCACUGUCAAAGGUGCUGGUGGCACCACCAUGACUGUCAAGACAUUGCCCGAAGCCAUCAUUGGAACCUUUGGCCCCGACCUGUACCGUAUCGUGACCGGCUUUGUCCCAGCUCUUAAGAUUGGCAACUCGCAGCCCCCAGUGCGCAACCUGCUUAACGACUUUACUGGUGUCGUGCGUCCAGGCGAGAUGAUGCUCGUCUUGGGCCGUCCUGGCAGCGGCUGCAGCACGUUCCUUAAGACCAUUGCCAACAACAGAGGAGGAUACUAUGCCGUAGAAGGUGAUGUCUCGUAUGGAGGCAUCUCUGCCGCUGAAAUGGACAAGAAGUUCCGUGGUGAAGUCGUCUACAACCCCGAGAUGGACCGCCAUCUGCCCAGCCUGACUGUCGCCCAAACCCUUGAGUUCUCUCUUCUGAACAAGACCAAGAAGCACGACCGCGGCAACAUCAACCUCAUUGUCGACGCCUUCCUCGAAAUGUUCGCCAUGUCUCAUACAAAAAAUACGCUCGUUGGCGACGAAUUCACCCGCGGUGUAUCUGGUGGUGAGAGAAAACGUGUCGGCAUUGCCGAGACGUUGGCCACCAAGUCGACAGUCACCUGCUGGGAUAAUUCUACCCGUGGCCUGGACGCCUCGACUGCCGUCAACUAUGCCAAAUCUUUGCGCAUCAUGACCGACGUCUCCGACCGAACUACCUUGACAACGUUAUACCAGGCCGGUGAGGGCAUCUACGACCUCAUGGACAAGGUUCUUGUUAUCGACCAGGGCUUCAUGCUCUACCAGGGGCCUGCUAAGGAGGCACGACAGUACUUUGUUGAUCUCGGAUUCUAUGCUCCCCCACGCCAGACAACAGCCGACUUCCUUACAUCCCUCUGCGACGUCAAUGCCCGCCAAAUUCGCGAGGGCUUCGAGAACCGCUGCCCCAAGACUGCAGAAGAGAUUGCUGCCGUUUUCCGCGACAGCCAGGCUUACAAGAACGUAUUAAAGGAUGUUGCCGACUACGAGGCCCAUGUUGAUGCCACCUCCAAGGCCGACGCCAAGAUGUUCCAAGAAUCUGUGCGAGGCGAGAAGUCACGCACUGUUACCGAUCAGUCCAACUAUACUGUCAGCUUCUGGAAGCAAGUCUUGGCCUGCACUCGUCGAGAGUUCUGGCUCAUCUGGGGAGACAAGACAUCUCUCUACACAAAAUUCUUCAUCAUCGUCUCCAUUGCCCUCAUUGUCGGCUCCCUCUUCUACAACAUGCCCAGUGACACAUCUGGAGCAUUCCUCCGCGGCGGUGUGGCCUUCUUUUCUAUUCUGUUCUUGGGAUGGCUCCAGCUUGCUGAGCUGGCCAAGGCAGUUGCUGGCAGAGAUGUCAUCAACAGGCAUAAAGAAUACGCGUUUUACAGACCUAGUGCCGUCGGCCUGGGUCGAGUAUUAGCCGAUUUCCCCGUCUUAUUUGUCGAAGUCAUCAUAUUUGGUAUCAUUACUUACUUUAUGACCGGCCUUGACUUGUACGCGGACAAGUUCUUUAUUUACUUGUUGCUCAUUUACAUCAUGACAAUCUGCUUGACUGGUAUGUACCGCAUGUUUGCGUCUGUCUCUUCCAACAUGGACGAUGCGAUUCGCUUUGCCGGUCUCGCUUUCAACUUACUCAUUAUGUACACCGGUUAUACCCUCUCGAAGCCAACCUUGAUUAACACCAAGAUCUGGUUUGGAUGGCUCUACUACGUCAGCCCUGUUGGUUACGCCUUUGAAGCCGUCUUGUCCAAUGAAAUGUACAACCGCGUCAUGCAGUGCAACCCGGCCCAGCUUGUUCCCCGUCAAAUCCCAGGCGGCCGCCCUAUCAACCCCGAAAACCAAGGCUGUGCUAUUCCCGGUGCUGCUUUGUCUGCCCACAAUGUCACUGGCCAGGAUUAUCUUGCCGCUGCUUUCGACUACUCUCGAAGCAACCUCUGGCGCAACUUUGGCGUUGUGAUUGCAUUCAGUGUCCUCUAUAUUCUCGUCACAGUCAUAGCUACUGAGCUCCUCUCUUUUGGCGGAUCUGGUCCCGGCAUGCUCGUCUUCAAGAAGUCCAAGGCCGGUAAGGAGGCAGCUAAAGCCCCGCCUGCUGCUGAUGAGGAAUCUGGGCAACAGUUGACUACCAAGACAACCCUUCAGCGCACUACCACAACUCCGGAUGAGAUUCUUCAAGACUUUCCUCGUAGCGAGAAGGUCUUCACCUGGGAAGACCUUAGUUACACUGUUCCUACCGCAGAUGGCCCCAAGAAGCUGCUCAACAACAUCACUGGUUACGCUAAGCCUGGUGUUCUUGUUGCACUGAUGGGUGCCAGUGGUGCUGGUAAGACUACUCUUCUCAACACACUGUCUCAGCGCCAGACAGUCGGCGUUGUCCAAGGUACCAUGCUUGUCGAUGGCAAGCAGCUGCAGCCCGACUUCCAGCGCCGCACUGGCUUUGUUGAGCAGAUGGAUCUCCACGAGCAGUCUGCUACUGUCCGCGAAGCCCUUGAAUUCUCGGCUCUUCUUCGCCAGUCUAAGGAUGUCUCUCGUGAGGAGAAGAUCGACCACGUUAACAAGAUUAUUGACCUUCUGGAAAUGUAUAAGAUUGAAGACGCUAUUAUUGCAUCUCUCGAUGUAGAGCAAAAGAAGCGUCUUACAAUUGGUGUCGAGCUCGCUGCUAAGCCCUCCCUGCUUCUCUUCCUUGACGAGCCCACGUCUGGUCUGGACUCCCAAGCUGCCUUCUCCAUUGUCCGAUUCCUCCGCAAGCUCUGCGCCGCUGGACAGGCCAUUAUCUGCACCAUCCACCAGCCGUCGUCCGAGCUCAUUGAGCAGUUCGACAAGAUCCUCGCCCUAAACCCUGGUGGCAAUGUCUUCUACUUUGGUCCCGUCGGUGAAAACGGCAAGGCAGUCGUUGACUACUUUGGCUCUCAGGGCACCCACUGUCCCGAAGGCAAGAACGUUGCCGAAUUCCUCAUCGAACAAGGCGCUCGCCGUGAAUCCCGCGAGUUCUGGAAUGACGCAUGGUUGAAAUCCGAUGAACACAAGCAACUUGUCCAGGAAGUCCAAGAUAUUAAGCGUGAGCGUGCUGAGGUCACCAGCGAAGACGAAGCUCUCGUCGAUGAAUUUGCUGCACCGCUCAGCGCCCAGAUUUCUCUCCUCACCAAGCGCAUGUUCAUCACGCAGUGGAGACAGCCGUCUUAUAUUUACGGCAAGCUCUUUACCGCCGUCGUCAUUGGUAUCUUCAACGGAUUCACCUUCUACAAGCUCGGCAACACCAUUGAAGAUAUGCAGAGCCGCAUGUUCACAUGUUUCCUGAUCCUCCUGAUCCCCCCUACUGUUCUCAAUGCCGUUCUCCCCAAGUUCUUCAUGGACCGUUCCCUCUGGGAGGCCCGCGAAUACCCCAGCCGUAUCUAUGGCUGGGUAGCCUUCUGCACAGCCUCCAUCAUUGCUGAGAUCCCCGGCUCGCUUAUUGCUGGCCUUAUCUACUGGCUCCUUUGGUACUGGCCCACGGGUCUGCCCGGCGAUUCUUCUACCUCCGGCUACGUCUUCCUCAUGACUUGCUUGUUCUUUUUGUUCCAGAGCAGCUGGGGCCAGUGGAUCUGCGCUUUUGCGCCGAGCUUCACUGUCAUUGGCAACGUCCUUCCUUUCUUCCUCGUCAUGUUUUCUCUUUUCAACGGUGUUGUUGUCCCCCAUGACCAACUCAAUGUCUUUUGGCGAUACUGGCUUUACUAUGCCAACCCCAGCACGUACUGGAUUGGCGGCGUUCUCGCAUCGACAUUGAACGGUCAGCCUGUCGAGUGCGCCGAUCAUGAAGCCGCCCACUUCAAGGUUCCAUCUGGCGAAACCUGCCAUAGCUUCGCCCAAGACUUUGUCGACUAUGUUGGCCGCGGCAUGCUGAUGAACCCCGAUGGCACCGAUGUCUGUGCCUACUGCCCUUACAAAAACGGCAACGAGUACUUGGCUACGCUAAGCAUUGAGCCAAGCCAAAAAUGGAGAGACUUUGGUAUCUUCCUUGUGUUUUGCUUCUCUAAUUGGGCACUGGUGUACUUCUUUAUUUACACUGUUCGAGUCAAAAAGAUGACAUUUGGCCUCGGAUGGGUUUUUAGCUUUCUCUAG